AUGUUUAUUGAGAGUCCUGAGCCAUUGGUCGUGGAUCCUCUUCGCAACAUCACCCAAGCAAGACGUUUGAAGGAUGUAUUUGGUCUCACAAGUGCACUCACUGAUGAGAGAAUCAAGUUCAACGUUUGGGAAAAUGCAUGUUUCCACGCAGCCUUGAUGGCACAAGUCCGUCGCGAGGCAGGAGGCGCUGAAUCCCUUACAACUGCAUCAUUAGGUAUCGUAUACCGUGAUUGGUUACAUUACCGAGGGUUCGUUGAUGUUGCAGACAUUGAAGAGCUUGAACGGACCGCGGGUAAUUUGACGGUUGCACUUUUACAGAUAAGAGUCAUCUUAAGCCACAAGUCGCGCGGUUUCAAAUCUAUCCGUGAUGAAGGUUAUCCUGGAUAUCGCGGAAAGUUCGACGAGACAGCUUACAAAAAGACCGCGGCACUCUUCGAGCGGGUCUACCAGAAACACCUGGCAGCUAUCCAGACUUUUCAAGAAGCGCGUAAAGACCCUCGCCUUGGUGAUGGAGAAGCGAUUGAUAUUCAGGAUGCUAUCAACGACUAUGAUGACACCAUGGGCGGCGACAUCGUCCAAAGUCUCAAUAAUCUGAUCAUGGUUGUUGACGAGGGAAUCGGUGUGAAUGAUUUGGAUGCCGAGCUAGCCGUUGAUGAAGAAGAGUCUUACCUAGAGGAUGAUGACGAAACAACGCAGCAUCUUUCUCCGUCCACUCCGAGCGAGAGGCCCGGUCUAGGCAUGCGAUCGCGGCUUGCAGCCAUGCUCUCUGAAACUGGCUUGAAGCUCGAAGCAAAAGUCCCAAACACUGCCAAAAAUGACUCAAGGAUAUUGGGACUCACCCACGGUCUGAUCAGAUUCUCAGUCAAGCCGUCGAAGGGCAAUGUCUUCUGUCCUAAGCCGCUCUUUGCAAUUCGCGUGGACUUAUCGAAGCCUGGAGUUCCCCACCCCCAUCGAUUUCUCGGCGAUAUCAAGUGGCAUAAUUCAGAGGACCCCUGCCUCCGACUCGGCAUACAGUAUCGACUCCUGGACAACAAUGACGGUAAAGGUGCAUCGGUCAACUGGGAAUGGGCAUCAGCAAGUACUUCUGACGUGGGACGGAGGGAAUUAUUGGAAAGAAUCUAUAAAGCCAAUACUUUUGUCGAGCUUCUGGGAAACAAAACCGCAAGAGAGCUUGUUGGUAUCUCACGGAGAUCAUUACUGUCAUGGUACCAGGCUAGGAGGCCUAGGCAAGCGCAGAACUCACGCGUGAGGAAGACAAACCAGGCAUCUCCUGACGGCCACAAGCAUUCAAGAGUCAGCCUAUAA